UGUCGUUAGCUUCUUGCCGCCCUUUUUUCCCCCACUCAAGUCUUAGCAUCCACUGGCUUCGUCUUCCUGCAAUCCUCUCCUUAAUAAAACCAUGGCAAACAUUUAAACAAAGAAGAAGAACCCACCAUUUUUUCCCUCUCCAUUUAACUGAGGUUGUUUGUGAAGUUGAUUUACUGAAAUAUGGCACAAGCUGCACGUCUAAUAUGCUUUUCCCAUGGUAAAAGUGUUAAAUUUCAAUGUCGAACAUCGGCAUUUACUCGUAAUGAAGGGUUUCGUCGGAGGCUUAUUGUCCAUGGCAUAGUGCUACUGAAAAUUCAAUCUAGUUGCAGAAACUCAAGGUACUCUCGGUUAAUGAAGUCGAAUACGAGUGCUUCGUUGAAGUCAAGAUGUUCAAAUCAGCUUUCAAGAAGAAAAGAGAGGAACUUCUCUUCAAGGAGAAGCAAUGGAAGAACACCUAUGGAAGAAGAGACAUUUUCGUUAUCGGUGCCUACGUUAUCCAAUUUCAUGGAACAAUGGAGCCAGUCACAGAUUGUGAAAAUGGUUGGAUUGCUUGCAUGUGCAUACUUGGUGAUUCCGUCAGCUGCAGCUGUCGAUGCUCUAAAAACAUGCACUUGUUUGCUGAAGGAAUGCAGGGUAGAGCUUGCUAAGUGCAUCGCCAACCCAUCAUGUGCUGCAAAUGUUGCUUGCCUCCAGACCUGCAACGAUAGACCGGACGAGACCGAAUGCCAGAUUAAAUGUGGGGACCUCUUUGAGAACAGCGUUGUAGACGAAUUUAACGAAUGUGCCGUCUCACGCAAGAAAUGUGUGCCCCAGAAAUCCGAUCUAGGCGAAUUCCCUGCCCCCGAUCCUGCUGUUCUAGUUGAAAACUUCAACAUUGCAGAUUUUAAUGGGAAAUGGUUCAUCAGUAGGGGUUUAAAUCCUACCUUUGACACUUUUGACUGCCAACUACAUGAAUUUCAUGCAGAAGGUGACAAACUUGUAGGCAAUAUUACUUGGAGAAUAGGAACACCGGAUGGUGGUUUUUUCACUCGAUCGACUGAACAACGAUUCGUGCAAGAUCCGAACUACCCCGGGAUUCUUUACAAUCAUGACAAUGAGUACCUUCAUUAUCAAGAUGACUGGUAUAUUAUAUCAUCCAAAAUAGAAAACAAACCGGAUGAUUAUGUAUUCGUAUAUUAUCGGGGAAGAAACGAUGCAUGGGAUGGAUAUGGUGGAGCUGUUGUGUACACAAGAAGUGCCGUUUUGCCGGAAACCAUUGUACCUGAACUCAAAAGGGCAGCUGAAAAUGUUGGCAGAAACUUCAACAAAUUUAUCAAAACCGAUAAUACUUGUGGCCCGGAGCCUCCCCUCGUUGAAAGACUGGAAAAGAAAGUAGAGGAAGGAGAACAGACACUGAUUCGAGAAGUUGAAGAGAUAGAAGAGGAGGUGGAGAAGGCCGGGAAGACCGAGCUGACGUUGUUUCAGAGCUUGUUUGAAGGUUUUAAAGAGCUGCAACGAGAUGAAGAAAACUUCUUGAAAGGGCUAAGUGAAGAAGAGAUGGAGCUGUUGAACGAGCUGAAAAUGGAAGCGAGUGAAGUCGAGAAACUCUUCGGAAAUGCACUGCCGAUUAGGAAGCUGCGAUAGAUUGUUUCGCAAGUAAUUCAACAAAGUUCAAUUACAACCUUUUGUGUUAGAACUGUA